AUGGACAGCAAUCAAACACUGGCAAUGAGCAAUCGACGAGAUGCACACAUGCAAGAAUCGUCUUCUUGCACUGAAUCCGAUGUGCUUACCAAUUCGAAAAUUCCACCACCACAAAAAGUGAUUCUGGUCGCAUCAGGUAUGGACGAUGAGAUGGAAUCGCAUGCAAUCAACUUGGCAAUUGAAGCCAUUUCAAUAUUUCCCGGUGAGAAGAUGAAAAUAGCGAAGUAUAUCGCGAAUGCGUUCGAAGCCAACUAUGCAUCGUUGUGGCAUUGUAUUGUGAGUGAUGGUCAUAUGCGUUUCUAUGUGCGCUAUGAUGCCGAUAAUCAUAUCUAUUUUGCUAUCGGUCAACUAUCGAUAUUUCUGUUUCGAUUGCACCGUUCCAAGCCUCGUGCCGUGCUCACUCGUCUUGCUGCUGCACAACGACGAAUGUCCGAUGUUUUCGUCAAAAUCGAUUCACCACGAGACGACGUUCGGGUGAUGAGCACUGGAAUGCAAUUGCACAUGCAACAUUACGCAAUACGAAUAACCGAUGAUGCCAUUAAUGAGUAG